AUGCAAGAAGGUUUAUUUGGGCAAACAGCCGCUGCAGCCGCUCAUGCUGCUCAUCAUGCAGCCACCACUGCAGCGCAGCAUGCUGCACAACAUGCAGCGGCUGCAGCUCAGCAAGCAGCAGCUGCUGCGGCCGCUCAUUUCACUCAGAAUAUGAAUGCGACUAAUGAGAACGGAGCGGAUGGACGUCCGGCACAGUUCCGUGAUUCAGUGGCACAGGGUAUGGAGUAUCUGAAGGAAGAAACCGAUGGUUUGGAUGCAUCUCUCGAAAACUUGCACAUCACCAAGAAGAAGCGUUCGGAAAACGAAACUGAUACAGUCGAGGCACCGAACGAAGCUGGCAAAGAAACAAACGAAGCUGGCAAGGAAACACCGGGAUGUGACAGUGCAGCUGCUGUGGAGGAUAAUAUUUCGGAGGAUUGGACUAUGAUGGAAGAUAUUAAUAAUUCUGGCAAUAAACCGAAUAUAGAUGCAUCGUUGUAUCCGGUUUUGGUUAACACUGAAGGUAAAUGCAUGGCUGGUACUCCGUUCAUUUUUCCACCGCCUGGUCCACACAAUCCGCAUUGUCACUUCAUAUUUCCUGACAAGGUUUGCUCAUGA